GUUUGCGCGAGACUGCUCCCUUCCUUCCUCCCGUCCCUGUCGGCCGCCUUCCUCCCCUUCCCUGACCAAUCUUUCCUCCCUCCUCGCGGCGCGUCCCCGCGGGCUAAUAUGGUCUCCGGAGAUGGACGAGCCAAGUGCAGGACACACCUUUGAGUACCUUAUUGAAACAUUGAAUGACAGUUCACGCAAGAAGUUCUUCAAUGUACCUAAACUUGGAGGCACCAAGUAUGACGUCCUGCCUUACUCCAUCCGGGUCCUGCUGGAAGCUGCUGUGAGACACUGUGACGGCUUCUUGCUGAGGAGGGAGGAUGUCGUGAACAUCCUGGACUGGAAGAGCCAGCGCAGCCGCGUCGAAGUGCCCUUCUUCCCCGCCCGCGUCCUGCUCCAGGACUUCACUGGGAUACCCGCGAUGGUGGAUUUUGCUGCUAUGAGGGAGGCGGUGAAGACUCUGGGAGGCGACCCUAAGACCGUCCACCCGGCCUGUCCCACAGACCUCAUGGUGGACCACUCUUUGCAGAUCGACUUCAGUAAAUGUGCAAUACAGAACGCUCCGAACCCUGGAGGCGGCGACCUGCAGCGAGCGGGGAAGCUCUCUCCCCUGAGAGCGCAGCCCAGGAAGCCGCCGUGCCGAGGCCAGGCCGCCUGCCGAGGCCCCUGCGACUCCGCGGAGCUGGGCCGCGGCUCGGGGAGGCCCUCUGCGCAGAUCGAGAACACGCCCGCCCUGUGUCCUUUCCAUCUGCAGCCAGUGCCUGAACCUGAAACAGUGUUAAAGAAUCAGGAAGUGGAAUUUGGCAGAAAUCGAGAGAGGCUUCAGUUUUUCAAGUGGAGUUCCAGGGUGUUCCGGAACGUGGCCCUGAUCCCUCCCGGCACUGGGAUGCCUCACCAGGUCAACCUGGAGUCCUUGUCUCGCGUGGUUGCUGAGGAAGGCGGCCUCCUCUUCCCCGACAGCGUGGUGGGCACGGACUCCCACAUGACCAUGGUGAACGGCCUGGGGGUCCUGGGGUGGGGGGUCGGAGGCAUCGAGACAGAAGCGGUCAUGCUUGGGCUGCCCGUUUCUCUGACGCUGCCGGAGGUGGUUGGAUGUGAGUUGACUGGCUCAUCAAACCCUUUUGUCACGUCCAUAGAUGUUGUCCUUGGCAUUACAAAGCACCUCCGGCAAGCGGGCGUGGCCGGCAAGUUCGUGGAGUUUUUCGGAAGUGGAGUUUCCCAGCUGUCUGUAGUGGACCGGACGACAAUAGCAAACAUGUGUCCGGAGUAUGGUGCUCUCCUCAGCUUCUUCCCUGUCGACAAUGUGACAUUAAAGCAUUUAGAACAUGCAGGUUUUGACAAAGCCAAACUCAGAUCGAUGGAAACAUACCUUAAAGCUGUGAAAUUGUUUCGAAAUGACCAGAGUAAUUCAGGAGAACCCGAAUACUCCCAGGUGAUCCAGAUUAACCUGAACUCAAUCGUGGCGUCCGUCAGCGGCCCCAAGAGGCCGCAGGACAGAGUCGCUGUGACAGAGAUGAAGAGCGAUUUCCGAGCUUGUUUGAGUGAGAAGGUCGGGUUCAGAGGCUUCCAGAUCGCGGCCGAAAGGCAGAACGACGCCGUCACCCUGCACUACGAAGGCGGCGACUACCGGCUGUCGCACGGGUCCGUGGUCAUCGCGGCCGUCACCAGCUGCACCAACAACUGCAACCCGUCGGUCAUGCUCGCUGCAGGCCUUUUGGCUAAAAAAGCCGUUGAAGCCGGCCUGCGUGUUAAGCCGUAUAUAAGAACCAGUCUAUCGCCGGGCAGCGGGAUGGUUACUCAUUACCUCGGCUCCAGCGGGGUGCUGCCGUACCUGAGCAAGCUCGGGUUCGAGGUAGUUGGCUACGGCUGCUCCACGUGCGUGGGGAACACGGCGCCCUUGUCGGAGGCCGUUCUGAACGCAGUGAAACAGGGUGACUUGGUCACUUGCGGAGUCUUAUCUGGAAACAGGAACUUUGAAGGGCGUCUCUGCGACUGCGUCCGUGCCAGCUACCUCGCCUCGCCGCCCCUGGUGGUGGCCUGCGCCAUCGCCGGCACCGUGGACAUCGACUUCCAGACGGAGCCUCUAGGUACUGACCCCACCGGCAAGAAUAUUUACCUGCGUGACAUUUGGCCUAGUCGAGAAGAGGUCCAUCAGAUAGAGGAAGAGCAGGUUAUAUUAUCCCUGUUUAAAGCAUUAAAAGAGAAAAUAGAGACGGGAGAUAAACGGUGGAAUUCCUUAGAAGCCCCAGAUUCAGUCUUGUUUCCGUGGGACUCAAAGUCCACCUACAUCAGAUGUCCCUCGUUUUUUGACAAGCUAACCAAAGAGCCAGUUGCCCCCCCGCCCAUCGAAAACGCCCACGUGCUGCUGCACCUGGGAGACGCCGUCACCACCGACCACAUCUCCCCCGCGGGCAGCAUCUCCAGGAGCAGCGCGGCCGCCAAGUACCUGACGAGCAGAGGCCUUACCCCUCGUGAGUUCAACUCCUACGGAGCCCGGAGAGGCAACGACGCUGUGAUGACCAGAGGCACGUUCGCAAACAUCAAGCUCUUUAAUAAGUUUAUUGGAAAACCAGCUCCCAAGACAAUUCAUUUUCCGUCGGGACAGACGCUAGAUGUGUUUGAGGCUGCAGAGCUGUACCAGAAAGAACGCAUCCCACUGAUUAUUUUAGCAGGAAAGAAGUAUGGGUCAGGAAAUUCCAGAGACUGGGCUGCUAAAGGACCGUAUCUGCUGGGCGUGAAAGCUGUGUUGGCCGAAAGUUAUGAAAAAAUUCACAAAGACCACCUGAUCGGAAUUGGCAUCGCUCCACUGCAGUUCCUCCCGGGAGAAAACGCGGAUUCCCUGGGCCUGUCUGGCAGAGAGACGUUUUCUCUGACGUUUCCGGAAGAGCUGUCUCCCGGCGCCACUUUGAACGUGAAGACGAGCACGGGAAAAACGUUCAGCGUGAUUGCUUCAUUCGAAAACGAAGUGGAAAUAACAUUGUACAAACACGGAGGAUUAUUAAACUUUGUGGCACGAAAAUUCUCAUAGUACCUGAUCACCGUGGAGACCUUUCCAGACUGGCAACCGCAGACCAGGCCUUUUGUGCCGGACACCGGAGUCUUCCCCGUGGAGCUGCAGACAGUCCUGGACACUCCCUUCCCUCGUCCCUGGAUGUAAUUGAUUAUGAAUCACAUCGUGACAGAAAUGAAAUCUUCUUGAUUUUAAAUAAUAUACGAAUGGUGCUAUUAACAUUGCUACAGCCGACGUGUGAAGUGUGUUGUGGAAGAGACUGGUAAGUGUGAGGGGUGUUUAUCAGACUGUUUUGUACAUAAAGGCAGAAUUUGAGCUUGUGUUGAAGAUCCUUUUAUGAGCAACCUUCCUGAAGCUGUUCUAGUUUCGCAUCUAUGAAACUGUGCACGACUGUUUGUUGGUUUAAGACUAGGAGAUUAAAACACGAGAGGCCAGAUGAGACUCCAACAUUGUGGAGGUCGGAACCUGACUUGUAAGUGGACUUCCUGAGAUGUUAGAUCCUUUUCAGAUUCCUGCUGGUGUACUUGGCUUUCUCAGUUUGUGACAGGAGCCGGGGUGCCCUCAGUCCCCGUGUCACUGCAAGGGGUGGAGCCCGCCGCAGACACAGCCCCUGCGCUCGAGGUCCAGCCAGGUGGCCCCCACGUGGGAGCCAGGACCUGACGGGCAGCUCCCCGCAGGUUGGCGUGGCGGCCCUGCUGCGUUCGCAGCCCUGGGCGGCUCAGUUACUGGCUGCGGAGACCUCUGGCUGGACUCAGCUGAUAUCAUCUUAAGUGAAUUAGAUUAUUUUGCUCACUUUAUGUGCUACUGUCACUUCCUGUGGCCUAAUAUUUUAGGUGUCAUUAACCAAAAUUUCCCCUGCAUUUGGAGUUGGAAAAGAAAAAUCAGUGGGUGAAGACUGCUGAGACCUUUGCGUGUGAUCAGUCACACAGCCUGUUCACAGUAUCCUGCAAACACAUGUUUGGACAGUUAGAUGGGCUAGAGUUGGACAGUUUCCCUUUAUUUAAAUUUUAUAUAAAUACUUUCUGUGGUACUUUUGAAUCAAAUUGUGCUCUUGAUUUUUAUUCUGUGUAUUUGUCAGUGCAUGUGUUCUUAAUUUACAUGAAAACAUGAGUUAGGGGUGGGGAGUUUCCAAAUUGAAUCCCUGGGAUGUGCUUUGAAGAAAUUAUUAUUCCAGGGUGGGGUCAUCUGUAUUAUUUUCAAGCAUAUUAUACUCUACAGCCUGUGGGCAGGGGCACGGUGUCCUCAAAAGACACUGGUACGGGAGACGAAGGCGAUCAACUAGCUAUGAAUUAAACACUGAAAUUUCUGGCCUGCCCGCCCCAGCCGUAGUACAAGCAAAUCUUGUCCUUCAAGGACAGACCGAGGGUCUCCUAACCUGUUGCUCACAUACAGUGAACCAAAAAGCUUGCAAGCGUGGCUCUUGGUGGGGAGGGGAAUUGUGGGUGUGUGUCCCGUGUAUGCCCUACCACCAUGUUUGCAAACAUGUGGCAUCUGUUGGUUUUUAUUGUUUUACUCAUUUCCUGUGUUAACUGUGUCUGGGUGAUGUUGUGUUUACGGAGAACAACAGCAGACAUUGUGGAAAGGAAGUACACUGGCCCCACAGGAAAGGGAAACGGGGGCUGUCCCGUUGCAGCGUGUGGUGCUGCCCCCGCCCCCCGCCAGGUUCCGUGCUUUGGGUUCCGUGACUCCUACAGAAUGAAAUAAGUGAGAAUGGCAUCCAGCCACCAAGUGGCCAUUAUUUGACCUAAAGUUCCUAGGCUGACAGUUGCCGUUAUUCCUUGUUUUAUCAGCAGAUGUCCGGGGUGAGAUCUCAUCUGAACGAGGGUAUCACGGUCCCUGUGGCCAGAUCGCUGUGUUUCUCUGGUGCACACAGGCCAGGGGUACUACAGGGGGACUCCACUGAGACCUGAACCAGUCAUAGUCACUCACACACAGCCAGUGCCGUGUGCAUCGCCCUCUCAGUGGGGAGGAGCAGGGUGGGGAGAAAGGAACUGACAUUUUCCUGUGGUUGAAUUAUAGGACAACUCUGUUUUGCCCUGCGGUUUAGGAGAAGGUGGUUGGUUUGAUUUGGAGUGAUAAAAAUGGGGGGAGGAGAUGGACUUGGGCUUUUCAGUGGCCUUCUCCAGAUGCGCGACAGCGCCGACGUUUCUGUCAACGCUGCACGCGACAACGUGUCUAUGAAACCGUGUAUCCCACUUAACUACAGUCAAUUAUUUAAAGCCAACAAAACAGUGUAACAGUUUUAAGUUCAACAAUGUUAAGUAUUGUAUAGAAAUAUAUUGGAGGCAAAGUUCAGUUGAUGACAAUUGUGUAUAUGUUAUUGAUGCUGUAAAUUAUUUUUAAUAAAGAAAAUUGUAUUAUCA